GGGGGACCAACAAGUAAUACCAAAUGGGACACUACCAUCAUUCAAUUCAAUGACAAAAAGUCGUUGGCUUUGAUCAUCCAUCCGAAUUUGUAAGCCUCAAUUUGUUGUUGCACAGCAAUCUAUCAGCAUUCUCUGUUUUUCUGUGUUACUUUUGGUGGGAGAAAGAAACAAGAGAGAAUGGAUGCACCCCCAGGGUAUCAAGAAAUGUCGAGUGUUGAGCAUAUUAAAAGGCGCCAUGAGGAGAAAGGCUGCCUCUAUGCUUGUUUGUUUACACUGUGUUGCUGUUUCUGCUGCUAUGAGACUUGUGAAUGUUGUUUAGACAUACUUUGCUGUUCCUGCGCUUGAUAACUUUAUAAGUUAUUUACUAUCUCAUCUUUAGAGACGGAGAGGGGAGAAAUAUUUCUCAUGAAUAAAUUAUGUAAUUGGUUUUUAAGGGAAGACAUAAACUUCUUUAAAUAAUUCCGUUUUCCUGGUGAAAAUGGAUGAAAUCCUCAAUUCCGUUUUAGAUUUGAGCUUAUAUAUGCAUCUGUAAUAUGUAUAUGAAUAAGGAAUAAAUAUGUAGUGAUCAGUACGAUAUUUUGAUAUCUAAUUCGAUGAU